AGGUUUACAGCGCAGACUGCAGUGACGGUGGGGGGGGAUUAGAUGAAUAAAUACCCCAAAUCCACUGGGAGACCAGAGACUUCCAGUUCAGAAGUGACCAGAGGUUUUCUUAAGAGUCAGCUGCUUGUGGUGCAACAACAAGAAGGAAACAUGGUCAGCCGAUUUGAACACCCAGCUGGUGGCUACAAGAAGAUUUUUGAGACAUGUGAGGAGCUGGCUGAGCCUGUUCCAGCAACUGUCACAGGUAGGAUUCCUUCAUUUCUGAAGGGAAGUCUUCUCCGUUUGGGACCUGGGCUUUUUGAGGUUGGAGAUGAACCUUUCUAUCACCUCUUUGAUGGCCAGGCCCUCAUGCACAAAUUCGACUUCAACAAUGGCCAGGUCACCUACUUCCGAAAAUUUAUCAAAACAGAUGCCUACGUAAGAGCCAUUACAGAGAAGCGUGUGGUGAUCACUGAGUUUGGUACCUGUGCAUACCCAGAUCCCUGCAAAAAUAUUUUCUCCAGGUUUUUCACCUACUUCAAGGGUGUUGAGGUCACAGACAACUGCCUGGUGAAUGUUUACCCUAUUGGUGAGGAUUUCUAUGCCGUGACAGAAACCAACUUCAUCACUAAAGUGAACGUUGAAACUUUGGAGACACUGAAGAAGGUUGAUAUGUGUGACUACGUCAACAUUAACGGAGUGACAGCCCACCCUCAUAUUGAGAAAGAUGGUACUGUGUAUAACAUUGGAAACUGCAUGGGGAAAGGAGCAUCCCUGGCCUACAACAUUGUCAAGAUUCCACCCACACAGAAAGAUAAGUCUGACCCCAUUGAGAAGUCCAAGGUGGUGGUGCAGUUCCCCAGUGCUGAGAGGUUCAAGCCUUCCUAUGUGCACAGCUUUGGCAUGUCGGACAACUACUUUGUCUUUGUGGAGACCCCAGUGAAAAUCAACCUGCUGAAAUUCCUUGGUGCUUGGGCCAUCCGAGGCUCCAACUACAUGGACUGUUUUGAGUCCAAUGAGAACCAAGGAACCUUGUUUCACAUUGCCAAGAAAGACCCGGGAGAGUACAUUGAUCACAAGUUCAAAGGGGGAGCCAUUGGCAUGUUUCAUCACAUCAACACCUAUGAGGACCAAGGCUUCAUUGUUGUUGACCUCUGUGGAUGGAAAGGUUUUGAGUUUGUUUACAACUACCUCUGGUUGGCCAACCUGAGAGCCAACUGGGAUGAGGUGAAGAAGGCAGCCAUGAUGGCACCACAGCCAGAGGUCCGCAGAUAUGUUAUUCCCCUGGAUGUCCACAAGGAGGAGCAGGGGAAGAACCUCAUCAGCCUGCCGUACACCACAGCCACCGCGACGAUGCACGCUGAUGGGACGAUCUGGCUGGAGCCGGAGGUGCUAUUCUCCGGGCCUCGCCAAGCCUUUGAGUUCCCUCAGAUCAACUACAAGAGGUAUGGAGGGAAGAAUUACACAUACGCCUAUGCCCUGGGUCUCAACCAUUUCAUACCAGACAGGAUCUGCAAGUUGAAUGUCAAGACCAAGGAGACCUGGGUAUGGCAAGAACCAGAUUCCUACCCCUCAGAGCCCUUGUUUGUUCAGACUCCUGAUGGGGUAGAUGAGGAUGACGGAGUGCUGUUGACCAUCGUGGCAGCCCCAGGUUCCCAGAGACCAGCAUACCUCCUCAUCCUCAACGCCAAGGAUCUGUCGGAGAUUGCCAGGGCAGAAGUUGAAUGCAGCAUCCCUGUCACCUUUCAUGGGAUGUACAAGCCCUAAUGACGCUUUUCUCAGGGUGUCAACGGUAGUCCGCCAUUACAGGGUUAUCAACUGUCAAUCAGUAUUAAUUAGUGAUAUUGUAUCAAAACAAAUAAAACUUUUCAAUUCAGCCUUAUCUGCAGUCAACGUGGGUUGCUAAGCAAAUGAAAAUAGUAAUUUGUGAAUUUAUGUGCCUUUUGUGUCUAAUUGCCAUGUCCCAAUUUGAUUUGUAAGCACUGUUUUUAAAAAAACAUAGAAAGGAUUUGUUCAUGUGACAUGAAUAAUUUGUGGUUGGAGAAAUAAAUUUGGCAAAAUCAAAACA